GGCAACUUGACGAGCUGUCGGUGUCACGUGUUCGGUUCCUUGCUGUGACCUUUGGUUUAUUUUCUGUGUUGUGGCUGGCUACAGGCUACACCUUGCUUACCUGUACAACCGUGUGCUUGACAUCAGAGUUUGUGUUGACAGAGCGAGGACCGCCGUCAGUGUCUCGACCUCAACACCGAUACUCAGCUGAACUUAAAUGUACAUUGGUAGACCGUCAGCUUCACUGUUGUGUGUCAUCAACUUCACUGUAGUGCCUCAUCAGGUUCACUGUAGUGUGUCAUCAGAUUCACUGCAGUGUGUCAUCAGAUUCACCGUCAGCUUCACUGUAGUGUGUCAUCCGAUUCACCGUCAGCUUCACUGUAGUGUGUCAUCAGAUUCACUGUAGUGUGUCAUCAGCUUCACUGUAGUGCCUCAUCAGCUUCACCGUCACCUUCACUGUAGUGUGUCAUCAGAUUCACUGUAGUGUGUCAUCAGCUUCACUGUAGUGCCUCAUCAGUUUCACCAUCAGCUUCACUGUAGUGUGUCAUCAGCUUCACUGUAGUGUGUCGUCAUCUUCACGUUGAAAGACGUCGGCUUUACGUUCAGUGCAGCAGAGAGAUGUUGUUGGGCGUUCUUCUGGCUGUCAUCUGCUUCUGGAGAGUAACUGGUGCCCAGGGAGGGACUUGUAAUGGCAACUUCAUCCAACCCAUAUAUUCCAUCAAAGAGACGGAUACUCCAGGGACAGAGAUCCUGAGAUUUUCUGCUCUGUCCAACGAGAGCUGGUCCAUGGUCAUCCGGUACGGAGCUUCCCUUGACCAAGUGAGAGGAAUGCUGGAUUCCUACCUUCGCAUGGACAGCCUCGCCAACAAUACCUAUAUGUUGGUGGUGAACAGAACCUUGGACCUUGAGGAGUUUCCGAACAUAACCUUGACGGUACUGACUGUCAUCUUGAGCUGUGAUGCUUUGGGCAAACCAAGAGAGGAUUUCGAUGUAUACCUCUUCAUAAAUCCUGUCAAUGAAUAUGCUCCAGAGUUUAUCGACGGUCCUUAUGUUUUUAACAUCAGCGAGAGUCAAGCGGCGGGGUCUGUUCUAAUCGACCUUUUACCCCAUGCACGUGACCGUGACAUCAACUUAAACACAGACGAGAUCAAUGGCUUCGCCGUCGUUUCCUACCAAAGAAACCCGAGAAAUGAUGGAGCGGUUUACUUCAAUAUGACAGACGGACACAAAGGCCAGAUAAUCCUUGGUAAGGUCCUGGACUUUGAGCAGCUGCAGGCCAUGAACUCUACAACCCUGUGGUUAAACGUCACCGUCAUGGACGUUUCCCGAAAGUCCUCCUGGACAACGAUACAAGUCAACGUGCUGGAUGACGACGACCUUGGGCCUGAGUUUUACCAUGCGGGGUGUCCGGUGCUUCCCCUCAAGGAACUAAUUUGUACCUUCGGGUACCAUGUCAGCAUACCCAUAAACUUUACGGGCAACGUCCUAAGCAUGAGUCCAGCAGCCAUCUUCGCCCAUGAUCGUGACUCUCUCAACUACUCCAUCCAAUUCGGACUAGAAGAUGCUCCCGUUGGUUCUGGAGAUGCCCUAAAUGUUUCGUCUCACCUCGAGCUCGACCCCGUUACAGCAGAGAUGAAGGUCAUCGAACCUUUUACAGAGACCGGCAAGUUCUCUGUUAACAUCGUCGCAACAGAGCAGUCAGCACACAACUACUCCGUCCAAACCACUUUAGACAUCGAAGUCUUCGUGCCGCUUACAACACGACUCACCUCAGGCACCACCUCACCACCAAUAGGCUCAGGCUCAGGCUCAGGCUCAGGCUCAGGUUCGGGUUCGGGUUCAGGUGAUAACGGGAAGAACGACACCGAUAAGGUGGUGGUGAUCGGUCUCGCCGUCAUCGGUGCUCUGGCUUUGGCGCUGGUCGUCGCCGUCUUUGCCGUCUUCUGGGUGAUGCGCAAACGUCUGCCAGUGGCCGGCGCCGAACCUGACAAGCCGAGUGUUCCUGGACCGUCCGGAUCCGAGGAUGUGAAAGGUCAAGACGGCCAGACCUCCGACAAUGCAUCUCUCCUGACGUCACUUCCGUCUGGGAGGGGAAACAAGCUGCCACCGCUGACCACGGGAGUGCAAAGUGUUGGUGACCCGGAUGUCUUUGAUGGAACUCGUGUAUACGAGAACAUCAUAAGUCCGGAAUUUUUCACAACCCCAGGAAAAACCAAAGUUUCGCUUUUGCCCACGGAAUAUGUCAACAGUGGAGAAAAGAUCGAAGUUCAUAAUCCCUAACGCUUAUGAUU